UCUCACAUUGCAGCUCCACGCAUGAACCGAGAGCAUGACAUGUUCAUUACUCAGAUGGAUCUCAAGCUCCCCUGGUCAGAUCUUGAUCUGAUUGGUGGAUCGCCAUGUUCGAGAAUGUUUGAGAAUACGCACUAUAUACCCUUUGGCCCAUCGCUUACUACCACUACGUCGCAGGUACUCUCAGAGCAAAAAGCCGUAGAAGACAUGUUUAGAGUCUAGCCUCAUUGAGCAGCUUGAUCAGGAAUCAAGUUAUGUAAGUAGGCGAGCUUUGAAAACGUGUCGGACAACCCCGUCGUCCAGCCGUGUCGCAAACAUGAAACCACGACAUCGAUGCCUCAGAACUUGGGAGGUAACCGCUUUGGGAGAUUAAGAUUCCUGAACAAGUCGCUUUGCCUCAACUGGCAAUUCAACGCCGAGUUGGAUAUAAGGAGACAGACUGGCGCUGGACUCUCAAUCGAGCAUCCCAACUCAUUCAUUCCUUCUUUUCAUCUUUUGCUUCAGUCCCGACUAGUUCGGCUUCUAUUCUUUCAACCCUUUGACUCCGACUGGCUUGGGUCGAAUUGCCUUUUUCGAUUCUCUUCUACACUACUCAACUAUUAUCAUUCUUUCUUGUAAACAUGUAUUCACGUUCCAUUCUUCUCGCGAUGGUCGCGUCGGCGGGUCUCAUCGAAGGCACUGCUAUUGACUUCUCUGUUGGCUCUCAGAUGGUCGCUAGACAGCAGGGUGGUCGAGGAGGUGGCCGAGGAGGAAACAACCAGGGAAACAACCAAGGAAACAAUCAAGGAAACGGGCAAGGAAAUGGCCAGCAAGGCGGCCAGCAGGGUGGGCAAACAUGCCUGAACAACGACCUCAUCCAGUCCGCCAGUGCCCUCACUGGACAAGAGGCGGGCACGGAGGGCAUCAAAGACGGCCAGGCACCCUCAGCUACUGAUCCCGCCAACUUCAUCAACUUCUGCCAGGGCAAGGAGAUCACCAACGGUAUGCAAAUCAAGACGGGAUCCUGCAACGGUAUCCCCAUGGGCCAGAUCCCCGCGCAGGCCAACAUGAUCACAGCCGUCAUCACCAACCCCAAAGUGGGCGUGCAAGUCCCCUCGGACACCACCUUCACCAUCGACGUCCAAACCGAGCAUCUCGCCGCCGGUUUCUUCGUCAACCCAACAACAAACUACUACACCGCACCCCAAGAGCUCGACAACAAGGGCGACAUCAUCGGCCACUGCCACGUCACAGUCCAGGACAUUGGCGACAUGCAAGCCACGACCCCUCCCGACCCAACCACUUUCGCUUUCUUCAAGGGCAUCGACGACGAUGGAAACGGCAACGGUCUGCUCUCGGCUACCGUCACUGAUGGUCUCCCCGCUGGUACUUAUCGCGUCUGCACUAUGAUCGCCGCCCGCAACCACCAGCCUGUCAACAUGCCUGUCGCUCAGCGCGGCGCCCAAGACGACUGCACGAAAUUCGAGGUCGUUGCAGCGGGUGGCGGCGGUGGCGGCGGUAAGAAGUCGCCAAACAACAAGAACGGCAAUGGCGAGCAGAACCAAGCUCAGGAGGGUGUUGUUAAGGAUAAGGGCGCCAAGGGCAAUGGUGAUGACGGGAACCAGGGCAACAAUGGACAGAAUGCUGCUCAGGGAGCUCAGGCCGGGAACCAGAAUGCUAACCAGGGCGCGAACGGUCAGGCUGGUCAAGCUGGUCAAGAAGCUGCCCAAGGCGCGAAUGGUCAAGCCGGUCAAGCUGGACAAGCUGGACAAGAUGCGAACGGUCAGGCUGGACAAGAUGCAAAUGGUCAGGCUGGACAAGAUGCAAAUGGCCAAGCUGGACAAGAUGCAAAUGGCCAAGCUGGUCAAGACGCUGCCCAAGGCGCGAACGGUCAAGCUGGACAAGAUGCAAAUGGCCAAGCUGGUCAAGACGCUGCCCAGGGCGCGAACGGUCAAACUGGUCAAGCUGGUCAGGCUGGACAAGAUGCGAAUGGACAGGCUGGACAACAAGCUGGCCAGGGCGCGAAUGGUCAAGCCGGUCAAGCUGGUCAAGACGCUGCCCAAGGCGCGAACGGUCAGGCUGGUCAAGGUGCGAAUGGCCAAGAUGGACAGCAAGCUGGUCAGAACGGUAAUGGCCAAGAAGCUGGUCAAGAAGCUGGUCAGAAUGGUCAAGGGCAAGGUCAAGGACAGGCUGCUGCUGGACAAGGACAACAAGGCGCCGCUGGACAACAGCAGGGAGCCAAUGGUCAGGGACAAGCCGCCGCCGGACAGGAACAAGCUGCUGCUGGACAAGGACAGGGACAACAACAACAACAACAACAACAACAACAACAACAACAACAACAACAACAACAACAACAACAACAACAACAACAACAACAACAACAACAACAACAACAACAACAACAACAACAACAACAACAACAACAACAACAACAACAACAACAACAACAACAACAACAACAACAACAACAACAACAACAACAACAACAACAACAACAACAACAACAAGGUGCCGCUGGACAGCAACAAGGUGCUAAUGGACAAGCCGCUGCUGGACAAGAUGCGAAUGGCCAGAAUGGACAAGGUGCUCAAGGACAAGCCGGCCAGAACGCCAACGAGCAAGCCGCCGGUAAUCAGCAACAGGCAGCCGGCAACCAAGAUGCCAAUCAAGGAGCGGGCCAGGAUGCCGGUCAAAACGGUGGCCGUGGUGGCCGAGGUGGCCGAAGACUCAGAUUCAGCAAGAGGCACAUCCAGGGAAUGAACUGGUAAUCGGAUGAGAGAAAGAGUUAUGGCGUUUGCACGAACAUUGAGAAGAGGCCAGAGGUAGAGGCAUGGAUUGAAGACAUAAAACACGGUCUUUGGAAUGAUCGAUAGAUACCACAUUUCUUUUUUAUUUUUGUACAGUACGCGGGAUACGAGUGAAACCUGAUGACCACUUCUAUGGAUCAGUAUAGAAAUAGUUUUGUAUAUAUUGCUCUUUUGACGUCGAUAUUGUUCACGUUGUAGCCAAAACAAAUCUAUAAUACAAAAUCCC